AUGAUUCGAGAUUGUCCACAGAAUAUACCUGAAGGGACGUCAACGCCAAGCAAUAAAUCAAAGGCCCCUACGAAAGCUAAGGUUUAUGCCAUUAUGCCUGGAGAAGUAGACUUGGAAGCUGACGAGACGACAAAAGCAUCAAGAUCCUUUAUCUCUAGUAAUUGUGUACGACGAUGCGAGCUCAAGAUGGAGCCGAUGCCACGGAAAGUGUUAGUGGCUAUUCCAGACGGGAAAAUUAUUGGGUGUAAAAAUAUAGUUAAGAAUUACCCGUUGGAAGUUGUGAAUGCAGUUCUAACUACGGAUUUAAUUUUCUUCCAUAUGACGGAAUUCGAUCUAAUCCUAGGAAUGGACUGGUUGUCAAGACAUUAUGCAAAGAUAAACUAUCGUAAGCGGGAAGUGGUGCAUGAUUUUCCUGCGAAGGAAAAGCUCUAUUAUAUGGAGGAGGCUAUUCGAUUGAGUCCAUCUGUAAUGACCAUUGGGCAAGUCAAGAAGAGUUUGAUGAGUGGAGACACUGCUUAUUUGGUAAUGUUUACUAAUACAACGGAGGAACCCAAGAGAGUUGAAGGAAUUCCUGUGAUUGAGGAUUUUCCUAAGAUUUUUGCCGACGAAUUGCUAAGAUUACCUCUGAAUCAAAAGAUGGAAUUUGUAAUAGAGCUUGAACCAGCCACAGCCCCAGUGCAUAAGGCACCUUACCGAAUUGCCCCAACAGAAUUGAAGGAGCUUAAGAUUCAAAUAGAAGAGCUCUUGGAAAAGGAUUUCAUCCAACCUAGCUCAUCAACAUGGGGAGCACUGAUGUUGUUCGUUAAGAAGAAAGAUGGAACUCUAAGAUGUAUAGUGUUGGAGUUUCUGCAUGAACAUCAACUCUAUGCCAAGCUUAGUAAAUGUGAGUUUUGGCUUCGAGAAGUGAGAUUUUUGGGACAUGUCAUUUCUAGUGCAAGAGUAGCAGUAGACCCUGCUAAGAUAGAAGAAUGCUCACUAGAAAGAACGCUAAGUAUGUAUGGACUGAAGAAUGUGAAAAAGAGUUUUCAGAAGUUGAAGAAUAGGUUAAGUUCAGCACCAGUAUUAGCAUUACUUGAACCUCAUAAACCCUAUGCAGUUUAUAGUGAUGCUUCCAAGAUGGGUUUAGGAUGUGUUUUGAUGCAAGAAGGAAGAGUCAUCACUUAUUCUUUGCAGCAACUCAAGGACCAUAAGCAGAACUACCCUACCCAUGACCUAGAAUUGGCAGCUGUAGCUUUUGCUUUGAAGAUCUGGAGGCACUACUUGUAUAGUGAAUAA